GAACAGGGCAGUCGGGAGAGACAGAGACAGAGACAGAGAGAGAGACAGAGAGAGAGAGGCAGAGAGAGAGAGAGAGAGUGAGUGCGUGCGGGAGGGAGAGAAUGCCCAGCAGAGGAGGAGAGGAGCCCCCUUGCUUGCUGUCGCGCUGCCGCCACCUCUGAGACACACACCAUGGGGUGCAUCGGCUCCAGAACCAUCACGGCGGAUGCGGUUCCGGUCCGGAAGGAGGGAGAGCAGCAAGGACGAGCUGAGUUCUCAUGGGAAGGAAUCAAUCUCUCCAUGGAGGACACCACCUCCAUCCUGCCCCGCCUGAAGCGCAAGUCCAACCCCUACGGCAUCGGAGCUCUGGCUAAGUCCUCUCUGACAGGUGUGUCAGGUGUGUCCCGUUCCAUGAAGGACAAAGUCACCAAGCCCACAGCCAUGGCCCAGGGCCGCGUUGCUCACAUGAUCGAGUGGCAGAGCUGGGGCACGCCAUCCGCCGGGCCCGAGGGGGGGGUGGGCCAGACCAACCUCAACCGGGAGAAGGAGAGGCGGCUAGAGAACGACGCCUACAGUGACCUCAGCGACGGCGAGAAAGAGGCGCGCUUCAUGGCCGGCCUGAUGCAGCAGUUUGCCAUCUCUGAGGCCACGUUGAUGGGCUGGAACUCCAUGGAGGGAGAGAGCCUGACGGGUGUGCGUGCCGACUCCAACCAGGGCAGCGUGGCCCACCUGAGCGAGGUCAACCAGGACAGCAUCACCAGUCGAGACCAGCCUCUGCACCACUCCACCGCCGAUGUCUGGCCUCACACCUACGUCUCGCAGGGCCUCUACUGCCUCUCCUCGUCCGACGCCUGGGAGCCAAUCAGCAACGACCCCUCGGCCCUAGCCUCUCCCGCCACUGGCUCCUACGUCCUGGCGGCGGGCGGGGCUUCCGGCGAGGGCUUCGAGGGGAACCAUACCGGCCAGUUCCUGGCGCAGCCGCAGCUCACGCUGCAGCAGCAGAACCACCUGCAGCAGCUGCAUCAGAUCCACCAGUACCAGCAGCAGCAGCUCCUGCAGUACCAGCAGCAACAGGGCCUGGAACAUCGUUUCCACACCAACCCCCCCUCCUUGCAAGCCACGCCCAACAGCACCAUCCACAGCUUAGGCCUGCCCACUCACCCGCGAUUGGCUGACCUGUGGGCGUCGGCCCAGGUGGAGCCUCACCAGGUGGAGAUCGUCGGCCAGAUGGCCUCAGUGCACAUGAUGGAUGGGGGCGUGGCCGAGGCACUGGGGGAGGAGUUUGACGUGGAGAGCGAAAGCACUACAGACCGGCAGGACGAGGAGACAAAGGACGAGGUGACGUUAGCUCUGGAGCCUCAGCUGGAUUCCCCGCCCCCGACAACGACACAGCCCUCGCCGCGGGAGACCUGUAGCCCCUCGGCUGAUGACGGCCCCGCCCCCGGCCCCCCACCACCACCAUUCGCCGCCACUGACCUGGCCGCCGCAGCGCACACGGACCCUCCCUUUGAGGUCACUUCCUGUGUAGUUCGCUCCCUGGAAAUGAAGGACGAGGAGGUCGUCACGACGAAGAAGGAGGGCUCUGCGGUUGCCGUAGCAACCAACUGACAUGAUGGGAUGGGAGUAGGCCGCUCUAGGGAGGGUCCUUGACUGACGUGAGGAUGGGGUGGUCCCUCCAGACUGACUCCUUGACAGCCAAUAAUAAAGAAAAAAAAUAUGGACCAGCAAAGAUAAACAAACGCCAUAAUAAUCUACCAGAUACGCUAAUCCCCAUCCUCAUUCCCUAACCCCC